AUAUAGUAGGAAUAUAAAAGGAUGCCAAGUAGAACAAACAUCCAAAGGUUCCGACCACCAACAUAAGACGGGGUCGGUGACACGUUUGCAAAUUCUGAGGCCGUAAAGCUUGCCUGUGAUUUUCCGCCUCAAAAAAACAAAUUUCAGUGUUUCCAUGGAAAAAACUUGGUGAUGAGCAAACCAUUUUCAACCUUCUUUUUUCUCUUCUCGCCUUAUUAGAAAAGCUCUGGCACUUUCUUUUUCCCUCGCUGUCACACAAACACGCACACAAAACACCAAUAAAACGAAAAAGAACAGACUUUUCAGUUUUCAUCGUGGUUAUACCACAAGAAUAAUACUCCAUGUUUACAAAUGUACUGGGGAUUUUCCAAAAGAAACGUUUUCUAAUUGGGACUUUUUCGCUUUUAGUCCUCUUCAUAUAGGAAUAGAUGAUUUUGAAGUCAAAUCCUACUUCAACUUCUCAAAAUUGCUUGGUUUCUUCACCCCUUUUCUGCCCAUGUAACAAGGAUUUAAGGGUCAGUUUGUUUUCGAAUAAUUUCCCAUUGAAGAGGAGAAAUGGGAGAACUUGUGAUUGGAAUUCGAUUUCUUCUCGGAGGAAUUGGAUAAUCUUCAAGGGCUGUAUCAGCGGAGGAGGCGGUGGUCCUGGUACUGGAAGGCAUCAUAGUUUGAGGGCUAGAGAUGUUUCUAGUUCAGCUAGAGUUAUUGUGCUGAAGAGAUUUCCUGAGGAUCCUGAAUUGGAAGAAUCUUCAGCCAAUUCAUCAUCUAGAGAUUUUAGCACCAGUAGCAGUAAUAAUAAUCACAAUUUUGUUGGUUUUGAAGAGGACCCUUUUGUAGAUAAGUUGAGAACUCAAUUAGGAGUGAUUCAUCCACUGCCAUCGCCUCGGAUAAAUCGCAAUAUUGUUGGGCUGUUUGUUUUCUUUUUCUUUGUAGGAGUAGUGUUUGAUAAGUUAUGGACUUCGAGAAAGAAGAAUAAUAGUGAUACUAGCAGGAAUGACGGCAAGUUUGGGGGACUAUGGAGGUCACAGGUUCAGAUGCCUGCCAGCCUUUCAACAUUUUUGGAGAAGGAUUUGCAGAGGAAAGAGUCAGUGGAAUGGGUUAACAUGGUGUUGGGGAAGUUGUGGAAAGUGUAUAGAGGUGGUCUUGAGAAUUGGAUCAUUGGCUUGUUGCAGCCUGUUAUUGAUAAUUUGAAGAAGCCAGACUAUGUUGAAAGGGUUGAGAUAAAGCAGUUUUCCCUUGGGGAUGAGCCAUUGUCAGUCAGGAGUGUUGAAAGAAAGACCUCUCGCCGUGCCAAUGACUUGCAGUACCAGAUUGGUCUCCGUUACACAGGCGGUGCUCGUAUGCUAUUAUUGUUGUCACUGAAAUUUGGCUUGCUGCCAAUUGCUGUACCUGUUGGUGUUAGAGACUUUGACAUUGAUGGUGAACUCUGGGUGAAACUGCGAUUAAUACCUACAGUGCCCUGGGUGGGAGCAGUUUCUUGGGCAUUUGUUUCUCUUCCAAAAAUAAAAGUAGAGCUGUCGCCAUUUCGCUUGUUUAAUCUGAUGACCAUUCCUGUGCUCUCCAUGUUUCUGAAGAAACUUCUCACCGAGGAUUUACCUAAGCUAUUUGUGCGGCCAAAGAAAAUUGUUUUAGACUUUGAGAAGGGAAAAGCUGUUGGUCCUGUUGCAAAUGAUAUCAAACCAGGAGAAGUUCAAGAAGGAAAUAAAGAUUACACAGGAGAAUUAUCAGUGACUCUUGUUGAUGCACAAAAACUUUCCUACUUUUAUGGUAAAACAGAUCCAUAUGUUAUUUUGUUCUUGGGAGAUCAAGUUAUACGCAGUAAAAAGAACAGUCAAACCACGGUCAUUGGACCACCUGGUGCCCCUAUAUGGAAUCAGGAUUUCCACUUGCUGGUAGAGAAUCCUAGGAAGCAAAAGUUAUUCAUUGAAGUGAAGGAUUCCCUUGGAUUUACCGAGUUCACUGUUGGUACAGCGGAGAUUGAUCUGGGAUCUUUGGAAGAUACUGUACCUACAGACAGAAUAGUAAGCCUUCGAGGUGGAUGGACACAGUUUGGGAAGUCGUCAGCUGGUGAACUGCUCUUAAGGUUGACUUAUAAAGCAUAUGUUGAGGAUGAAGAAGAUGAAAGGACUGAGCCUAACUUACAGGAUAAAUAUGCUUCAGAUGAUGAACUUGAUGCUGCAAUUUAUGAACAGAAUGGAGUUGAUUCCUCUAGUUCAAGUGAAAAGGAAUCUUUUAUGGAUGUUCUAGCUGCUUUAAUUGUCAGUGAGGAAUUUCUGGGAAUAGUAGCUUCUGAAGCUGGGGUUGCCAAACCUUUAAAUAAUUCAAAAAAUGCAUCAGAUUCAAGGUUGACUGGGACUACGAUUGGAUCAGUUCGCCAAGCUUCUGUUAGUGAUUCUGAAAACUCUGAUGGUGGUUCUGGUAAUUUUCGAGGGUCGGCCUUACUUUGGCUAGCUGUAGUUACAAGUAUUUCUGUGCUUAUUGCUAUGAAUAUGGGCGGCUCAAGCAUUUUCAAUCCUUGACAUCUUUUUGUUGACUGGAAAAUGGUCAUGGGAGCAUCUUUAGGUCUAGUAAAUAUUGAUACUUUAUUGGAGCUAGCUUGUGGUUGCACUAGUAUGUUAACUGACUCCCAACUCGCUCCAACUCUUAGAGUGAUUGAAGUUGGUGUUCAGCGAUUUUGCGGGUUGGUGCUCUCCGCUGGUUAAUUCUUGUUUCUCUUUUGUACAUUGCUAAUUCAUCUAUAACUUCGUCAACUUCAGGAAGAGAUGUAUGUGUAUCUUUUGCGGCCAAAUCUGAAAGUUCAGACCUGGGUCUCUUUCAACUGUUUUCUUGUUAGGUUUAUUACACUCCCUCCCCCAAAAAUGAUUGUCCAGUUUGGAUCUUUAUUUUUAGUUCAAAUUAUACUAAAAUUGAAAUAUCAAACUAGAUAAUGAUUGUACUGAAAGUGAAAUCUUAAACUGUACAAUAAUUUUGAGACGGAAAGAGUAUAUGUCAAUAUGGCAAGGAUGUGCAGAUGAGUUUUUUUUUUUUUUUUCACAA